UUUGUACUAGCUGCUAGCUACCUGCUGGGAGUUGCCAUGUUUCUUACGGGCUGUGUUGUUUUUAUGCUGAUGUGGUAGCUGGAUUCACUUUUAAAUAUUGUUUGUGUCCGAACAUGGAAGUGAGAUUUAAAGGCACAAAAACAGACAUGGAGGAAAUGACGAUAUGGGAGCAGCACACCGUCACAUUAACAAAAGAUUCCAAAGUUGGCUUUGGUUUUGCCGUCUCAGGUGGGCUAGACAAACCCAAUCCAGCAAAUGGUGACACAGCAAUCGUGGUUUCCGAUGUGCUUCCCAGUGGACCGGCGAUGGGACGGCUUCAAACACGAGAUCAGAUAGUUAUGGUGAAUGGAGUUUCGAUGGAGAAAGUCAGUUCGCUCUACACUAUCCAGAAUUUGAGGAGCUGUGGCAAAGUGGCAAACAUCACUGUAAAGAGACCCCGCACGAUUCAGAUUCCCGUGAGCACCAGACCGUCUCGCUCUGCCUCACAAUCCAACCUACUAGAUGACGACAGACCCCAACGAAAGGAUCAACGAGGCACAGAAAACAGUCGCAACCGACGAACGCGAAGCGUGACACCUGACCGCAAUGGUCACGACCUCCCCAUCAUGUCCGGUUUCAAGAGGCUGCCCAAUCAGGACGUCCAAGAUAGACCCAUAAGAGCGACCCUGGUCAAGAAAAAACCCACCGAUGAGUACGGUAUGAAAUUGGGAAGCCAGAUUUUCAUCAAGCACAUGACACCCACCGGUUUGGCUUCUAAAGAGGGCACCCUUCAAGAAGGAGAUCUUGUCCUGAAAAUUAACGGUAUGACGACUGAGAAUCUGUCCUUGCUGGAGACCAAACAUCUAGUGGAAAAGUCCCGAGGUAAGCUGACCAUGUUGGUGUUAAGGGAUGAUCGAAAAUUCCUGGUCAGCAUUCCUGAAGUGGAAGACAGCCCACAGCAUAGCGCAGACGAGAGGCGGGAAGAUAGCAGCUCGGAGUUGGAAGACAUUUCAGACCUCGAUACAGAAACUCCAGCAAACCGAGCAUCUCGCCCAAAGGAUCGACGUUCUCGCAAAAACCGGGCCGAUCCUGCUCUGCUCCCCAAGCCGCGCGAUUCUCCUCCUUUGCGCUCCACGCUCACGCGACCCCCAGCCCAAUUGGCGGCCCCUCGCCGAGUUCCCUCCGAGUCUGAAUCAGACCGAAGCAACUCGCCUCCACCAUCAAGAUACGACACUCUUGAUAACAGAGACAAAUAUAAGGUUCUCUCAGGGAUCUCCGCACUGCCAAACCCUCGAGCUUCCCCCGUCACCCAGACCUGGAACACCUCCACUGCCUCACGUCCCCGCAAAGCUGUUUCUGAGUCAGAUUCAGAUCGAAGCGCAUCCCCGGUACCCAGACGCCAGAGUCCCAAGCCUGACAAUCACUCCAAAUACAAGGUGCUUCCUGAUCUUCCUCCUCCUGCUUUUAAGUCUUCCGUGGCUAGCAUGUCUCAGGAAUUCCCCCGCCGCAUGGCCUCGCCUUACAGGCCACCACCCAGAGAUUCUGAGUCUGAAUCAGAUGAUAGUACCGGACCUUCACAUCAACAGGCAAUUCCGGUCGGCCAGGAGUCCCGGAAUAGAUACAGGGUGCUCCCUGAGGUCGCGCCAGUUCCCAAAGUGGAAACCCCAAAAUGGGCGAAACCCUCAACACCUGUACAGAGAGCUCCAUCGGAGUCGGAGUCAGAUGCGAGUGAUGAUCCUCCUCCGAGAGCACAGACAACAACCAGUAGAAACUCUAGAAUUAAACAAGGGGCUGAAAUUCCAGUUCCGAUCAUCAACGUCCGAAAAGAAGCACCGGUCAGAGCGGCACCUGUCAGACCUCCACCUGAAGAUUCUUCUGAAUCAGAAAGAGCUCCCUCACCUCCCAUGAGAUCAGAGAGUCCUGGCCACAACAGCGAUCAAAGUUUUCCUCGUGCAAAUGGCACCCUCCGCUCGGAUGUAUUCGUACCCAACCACACCAAUUUGAACUCCAAACCUGUAGAGGAGCCGCUUUAUUCACUUCCGCCAGACGCGUUGCCUACACCAAUCCAGGGGUAUAGCUCGGACCAAAACCACAUCAGCUUCGUAAAAGAAGGCAAUGUUGGUUUAAGGUUGGUGGGGGGAAAUGAUGUCGGCAUCUUUGUCGGAGGCGUCCAGCCCAACAGUCCAGCUCAGAAGCAGGGCAUGACAGAAGGCGAUCAGAUACUGGAGGUAAAUGGAGUAGACUUUACACACUUCACGAGGGAGGAAGCAGCUAUGUAUCUCAUGAACGUCCGUGCUGGGGAACGUAUUGAUAUCCGGACACAGAAUAAAAUGGACAUCUACAAGAAGAUUUUGAAGUCCAGUUUGGGUGACUCCUUCUACAUCCGUACACACUUUGACCACGUGGCGGAAAGCAAUGUCGGCCUCAGCUUCACCAGGGGUGAGGUGUUCAGAGUUCUGGACACAAUGCAUCGUGGGAAGCUGGGAACCUGGCUAGCCGUGCGCAUGGGCAAUGAUCUGACCGAGUUGGACAAAGGAACCAUUCCUAACCAAACCAGGGCUGAAACUUUGGCCAGUAUGGAGCAAGCACAACGAAUUAGUGCAGCGGAGCGACAGGCCUCCGGUCCCCGAGCUGAAUUCUGGAAGCUACGGGGUCUGAGAGGAGCCAAGAAGAACAACAGAAGAUCCCGCGAUGACCUUCUUCAGUUGACGAUUCAGGGAAAAUUUCCGGCAUAUGAGAAGGUCCAGCUAAGAGAGGCCAAUUUCAAGCGUCCCAUUGUAAUUUUGGGUCCUCUGAAUGACAUUGCAAAUGAGAAGCUGGCCAGAGAAAUGCCUGAUGAAUUCGAGAUUGCAGAAAUGGUACCCAGGGCUGGAAGUGAAAGUUCAUCCAGCGUCAUCAAACUGGACACAGUGAGGCAUAUAGCAGAGCAGGACAAACACCCCCUACUGGACAUUACACCAACUGCUGUAGAAAGAUUAAAUUAUAUCCAGUAUCAUCCCAUGGUGCUCUUCUUGGACCCUCAUAGUCGUAAGGACGUGAAGGCCAUGAGGCAGAAAUACAUGCCAGAUUCCAACAAGAGCUCUCGUCGCCUCUUUGCUCAGGCCUUAAAGCUGAGGAAACACUACAGCCAUCUAUUUUCUGCACGCAUUGAUCUUCAGCCAAACUAUAACAUGUGGUAUGACGUUUUGAAAGACAAGAUUCGCCAGCAGCAGGCUAAACCUGUCUGGGUUUCAGAAAUGACGUUGGAGGGAGGUGGCGAUGAAGAGCUUGUCGCGCUCAGCAACGCGCACAACUCGGACUACCUCAGCGGUGCCAGUGACUAUGAGGACACAGAUGGUGAGGUUACAGAUGAUGCCUACACCGAUAACGAAGAGCUGGAGGAGCCCACGGGAGGCACUCUGGUACGGCGUGGUACCGCAUUGGCCCGUUCCUCAGAGCCCGCCAAUGAGCAGAGCCCCAGCCCUGAACCCCGCUACGUCUCCGAACCGUACCUGGAGGAAGAACCAGAGUACACCAUGCCUCCCUCUGACAUACCUCCCAUCCUACAUGUUCCAGAGCCCAGAUCGCCACGCAUUGCCGUCAGUAGCCCGCAAGAACAGGAUGAUGUCCCAUCACAGCAGAGCUUUACGGAUUCAGACUUCAGUGCCGGUGACAUGGCCGCGCUGCCAGCCCCCUCCGAUCUACCGCCGAACUACAGGGCACCAGAACCUCCCUCAGAUACACCUCCUUUGGCGGCCAUCGAGGAGAAACUAAAACAGACUCGAAUGGCAGAACCUGAAAGGAAGCAGUCACCAGUAUUUAUAGUGUUGGCCCAUCGCGAAGCUAUGCAAAUGCGAAGGACGCACAUCAGAGGAAGUGACAGCGAUAGUGACCAUAAUGACGACAAUGACAGAAACGAUGAUGAUUAUGGCGAUGAUGAAGGGGAUGACAUGGAUGAAUGGGGCCCCGCCACAGAGCUUUAAUAUAUGCACAGGCCAUGCUAACUUCACAAACACAUGGACCUCUCAUCUGGGACUUGUAAAUUUUCACAACUAAACUGGACAAAAAAAAACAUACUUUUAAUGUGUUGUCUUUUUAUAAAGUGACCUUGUGGACUUUUUGAUGACUGUAAUCCUGGGUCAGUUUGGAAAAUGUAGCAAAUUGCGUCCUCUGUCAGGUUUUGGUGCUUUAUGGAUGUGCUGAGAUUUUGUGCUUAAUAUUGUUUCAUAAACAAAAGUUGUAAUAAAUUAAAGUCUGUUUUACCUUCUUCAAUAGCGCUUUAACUAUGUAUGUAUUAUUUUAAUUUUGUAUUUUGGAAUAAAUGAAAGAAAACAAUUGA